AUGUUGCGUGACUGCUGCCUCUGGCUGCCGGCAGUGACCUGGGUGCUGCUGCUGGUGACGACAGCCUUUGCCAUGGAGUGCCCCAAGAUCAAGGUGGGGACAUGCAAGGACUGCAUCCAGUCUGGUCCUGGCUGCGCCUGGUGCAAGAUGCCGGUAGGUCCCUGUAGCAGUCAGCUAACAGGCAGCGGNNNNCCAGACUCCAUCCGCUGUGACACCAUUGAGCAGCUGCAGCAGAGGGGAUGCCCGAGCAACAAGAUUGAGUUUCCAGUCAAUAAUAUUACCAGAACACAGAACAGUCCCUUAAGCAACGACAUACAGCUGACUCCCCAGGAGGUGCACCUGAAACUGAGGAUAGGGCAGCCUGCUGUAUUCGAGGUGAAGUUUCGCCGUGCCAUGGGGUACCCCAUUGAUCUCUACUACCUCAUGGACCUCUCCUACUCCAUGCUGGAUGACUUGGAAAAGGUGAAGAAGCUCGGAGGGGAGCUGCUCAGGGCGCUGGAAAGCACCACCCCUUCUCGCCGCAUAGGUUUUGGCUCCUUCGUGGACAAGACAGUGCUGCCCUUCGUGAAUACGCACCCUGAGAAGCUGCAGAACCCCUGCCCCAACAAGGACAAGAAAUGCCAGCCUCCCUUUGCCUUCAAGCACAUCCUCUCACUGACUGACAACGCUGAGAAGUUUGAGAGUGAAGUGGGGAAGCAGUUCAUCUCUGGGAACCUGGAUGCCCCGGAAGGGGGGCUGGAUGCCAUGAUGCAGGCAGCAGUGUGUGGGGACUUGAUCGGCUGGCGCAACGUGACUCGCUUGCUCGUGUAUGCUACUGAUGACGGCUUCCACUUCGCUGGCGACGGCAAGCUUGGGGCCAUCCUGAUCCCCAACGAUGGGCAGUGCCACUUGGAGGACAACAUGUACAAAAAGAGUAAUGAGUUUGACUACCCAUCUGUUGGCCAGCUGGUCCAGAAACUUGCCGAAAACAACAUUCAGCCCAUUUUUGCUGUCACCAGUAAGAUGGUGGAUGUUUACAAGAAACUCAGUGAGAUGAUCCCGAAGUCGGCAGUGGGAGAGCUGAACGAGGACUCCAGUAACAUCAUUGAACUCAUCCAGGAGGCCUACAAUAACCUUUCUUCGCGGAUCAUCCUGGACCACUCCACCCUGCCAGAUGUCCUGGAUGUGAAAUAUGACUCCAUGUGCGGUAAGAACAAGGGGAUCAAACGCGAGGAUGAAACACGAGGGCAGUGUGACAAUGUCAAGAUCAACGACGAGGUCACCUUCAAAGUGAAGGUCACGGCCAAGGAGUGCAUCAAAAGCCAGUCCUUCACCAUCCGGCCGCUGGGCUUCACAGACACCCUCACCAUCCACCUGGACAGCAACUGCGACUGCAACUGCGACGAGCAGCCUGACUCAACUGCCUGCAGUGGGAAAGGCACCAUCGUCUGUGGGAUCUGCAGCUGCAAUUCAGGCUACACGGGCAAGAACUGUGAGUGUGAAACCAAAGGCAAGACCAGCAAGGAGCUGGAGGGCAGCUGCCGGAAGGACAACAGCUCGGUCAUUUGCUCGGGGCUGGGGGACUGCGUGUGUGGGCAGUGCAUCUGCCACACCAGUGACGUGCCUGACAAGCAGAUCUAUGGCACCUUCUGUGAGUGCGACAACAUGAACUGCGAGUUUCACAAUGGCUUCCCCUGCGGCGGCAAAGAUCGCGGGACCUGUGACUGCGGGGAGUGCAGGUGCACACCCGACUACCAGGGCAGUGCCUGCCAGUGCAGGAAGUCGACAUGCCAGGAGGGAUACCAGCCCCCCUUCUGCCAGGAGUGCCCCGGCUGCCCCUCGCCCUGCGGCAGAUACAUCUCCUGUGUGGAGUGCAAGGCCUUCCAGAGCGGCCCCUUUGAGAAGAACUGCUCCCAGGCCUGCCAGAACAUCCAGGUGGUUGCGGAGACAACAGCAGUGAGCAAGCAGUGCAGGGAGAAGGACUCUGCCAACUGCUGGAUCUCCUUCCGCAUGGUCCAGGAGGACGGCGAUGAGAUAUACACCGUCACUGUCGAUCCUACAAAAGAGUGCCCGGAACCUCCCAACAUCGCGCUGAUUGUGGGCAGCACUGUUGCUGGCGUGGCCCUCAUUGGCCUGGUGCUCCUGCUCAUCUGGCGGCUUUUGACGGAGCUGUUUGACCGCCGGGAAUACCACCGGUUUGAGAAAGAGAAGUCCAAGGCCAAGUGGAACGACGCUGAUAACCCCCUCUUCAAGAGUGCCACCACCACAGUUGUGAACCCCAGGUUCAAUGGGCAAUAA